AUGGAUCCAAAUUCUCACGGAAUUUACCAUGGCUUAGAAUUCGAGCUGAUGCUGCGAUUCCCCCGAGAUAUGACGAAGCCUUAUACUUUCAGCGUGAACGCACCAACUACCUGGCCACCCAUGGCUCUCCCAGAGGGUCUUGAAGAUUGGGAGCACAAGAGCGAUGAUGAAAUUGCCAAUCACGUCCUGGUUCAUACUGACUCACUAGGCUUCCAAGCAAGAUCUCUUUACUUUCGAGUGCUUCGCGCGUGGCUUCUGAAAUGCGACGACUAUCAUGACGAGUGCUGGUUGCGACAGUCUGGCCGCAGAUUCUGGCCGACUAGAGCCAUCUAUGUUGGGGAUUACCCCAAUUUGAGGCUUGUCGAGGAACCGAAUGAGGAUAGAGACUAUAUUGUGCUCUCGCACCGCUGGGGCAAACCGACGGUCGAAGAAUGGAACCGCUUCUGUACCACACCUCAGAAUUGUCACCCUCGAUUGGACGGGUUCCUUUUCGAUGACCUGCCCAAGACGUUUCAGGACGCCAUUGUGGUAACGCGAGAACUCGGAAAACAAUACCUCUGGAUCGAUGCCCUCUGCAUCAUUCAAGGGCCCGAGGGCGAUUGGGAAAGCGAGGCCGGGAGGAUGGAACACGUCUUUGCCAAUGCCUACUGCACCAUAGCCGCAAACUCGGCCGGAGGGUGGAAGGACGGCUUCUUACAGUCAGGCCUCUGGGAUCAAAUCGAUCCAGAAAGCAUGGAUUGCCACUGUUCGUUCGAGUUAGAAGUUAGUGAAGCCCCAUUGAUGCAGAGAGCCUGGGUUCUCCAGGAACGGGUGCUGUCACGACGAAUCAUCCAUUUCACCGCAGGGGCCUCGUGUGGAGGACAGGGGCAUACAUAUCGGGAAUGUGGCGAUGGAAUCCGCUGUCAGCAGUUCUCAACGCUGAUACGGCCUAUCUGCAAAUACAUAUUUACUCUUGAUCCCUACUUCCCAGCGCGGCUAACAGACGCAGCAUAUUAUCGCGCCCUUGAGUUUAUCCAGAAGCUCUUUCAGGAAUACUCACGAGCCGGGCUUACAUACGAGUCGGACAGAGAUACCGCAAUAUUAAGCCUACUUAAUCGCAUCGGUCAUGAACUGGACACAGAAGUGCGAUAUGGCAUUAUCCGCUGCUUCCUAGGUAGUCUUCUCCUGUGGAAGCGAAGUGGGAAAGAACUGACGCCCCCAAUUAACUUUGGGCCACGGGCCGUGCCUUCAUGGUCUUGGAUGGCGUAUGACGGAAGCAUCGAGUUCAUCAUCAUGUUUGAUUACGAGAUGAGAAUCCCUCGCGACGCAGACCUUGGAUUCACUCCAGAUGGCAAAGGGCUGAACAUCAGAAUUGGGUCGCUAUGGUUUGACAUGGAGGACCAGAUCGGGUUCAAGCACUGUGUCGUCGUUGGGGCUGGUGAUACGAGACCCGACGAGAAGACGCUCUACGUCCUAGUGGUCCAGAAGGAGUCAGGCGGAGAGGGAUACAAGAGGUUGGGAGCUGGUGCUUUGGCUGAUGGAUAUGCUUUGGUUGAUGGUUAUGUGUCCAUGAAGAGCGAGCCUGGACGACUUGUGUGA